AUGGUGCCAUCACCUGAGCCGCGUCCCUCCACUUGUGCAUCACAGGCCGCCGACAACAAUGGCGUCAGAAGCGGCAGCGCCAGACGAUCCUGCUGGGAAUGCCAACGCCGGCGCUUGGUCUGCGACUCUAACCGGCCGAUCUGCUCUAAAUGCAAGCUUAGCGGCAUAGUGUGCCCCGGAUACGAGAAUGUGAAGCCUUUGACCUGGGUGGCCCCAAAUCAGAUCACGACACGGACGUGGAGGGGUGGACGAAAACCCAAAACAAACAAAAUCGACAUCACCAAGGCGAUUUCAAAGGGUGACGGCAAGAAGGAUACGGCUCCAGAGACUUCUGAGGAAAGCCAGGUUGUACGGCUCAUCCAUGUCUUUCCUGGACAAGAGCUUCGGACGGACACCUGCGAUAUCGCUGAGGCAUCGGUCUACUGGAACGAGCAGGUCUACCCGUUUUUCUACGAAAACCAGCUGACCAAUAGCCCAUGGGUUGUACCAAUAUCUCACCUUCACUCCAUGAAACCAUACAGGCGGCACGGCCUAGUCACCAUGGCGAUCGAGCACCACAUGUCGCGCCUAUCGCCGACCAGAAAUGACCCCUACGCAAUCGAGGUCAGAGCUAGGGCCUAUCAACAUCGUUUAACCGCAAUCAAAGCCCUAAACAAUGAGAUUGAGAACGAGAACACAAGGUGCUCUGAUGGAACUCUAGCUGGCGUAUUAGUCUUCCUCUUCGGUGAUCUUAUGGGGAGUGCAACGGUGGCCAAUUGGAGAGUCCACCUUAAUGGGUUUGCGGCGUUGAUUGCUUUACGUGGUGGUUGGGAUGCGUUCUGUCAAAAGUCGCCGCAUCUUAAGUCUCUGGUGUUAUUCUGCAAAGUUGUCGAAAAUCUCGCCAACACGACCAGCCCAGCCCACGAUCAAGUGUCUCCAGUCGCCAACUUCAAGAUGCGGAAUGUGAUAAGGGACGUGUUCUCGAUUGGAUACUACCCUCAACUGCCAUGCCCUGUUGACUUACUCAUCGACAUAAUCCAUAUCAAUCGCCUUCGCUUCCAGGCAACAUGCAAUCAGCCUGGAAAAUCUCUCACCUCCAUCAGGAUUGAAGCGGAGCGCCUUCUGGAUAAAAUCCUAGACUUUUCACCUGAAGUCUGGUCUAGUAGAGUGGAACCUCUCGCAGAUGGACAUCUCUUGAUGGCGAAGACCUAUCAGUCUGCUGUAGUACUGUUUGGUAUAUCGUCGUUACAAAGUACGGGCGUCAUUCCCUUAUCAAAAGAUUGGAUGACUGCCAAGGAUACCCACCGUGACAGACUGUUCUCUUUUCUCAAGGCUUCCGUCGCCUCUCCGGCACUGAAGAUCUGCACAACGUGGCCCAUGAUUGUGGCCGGGUUCGAAGCGAAGAGCGGUAGUAAGUCAAUGCGAGGCUUUAUCUUGGAGCGCAUGAAAGAAGACAGCCAGCAGAUGGGCACAUAUCUUCCAGUCGCAGCUAAGGAGGUACUGGAGAGAUUCUACAUCUCGUCUGGAAACAGCUGGGACAAUUGUUUCGAUAGUCCUCAUGCGCUGGUCACGUAG